CUGUGCGGCUGCGAAGGCGCCGGGCGAGCGAAGGCUGAGGAGCUCUCCCCGCCGCCUCCAGCCCUGAGGGUCAGCGUGGCCGGAGGGUCCUGUUGGCCCUGUCCCCGUCCUAAGCGACAAGGACAGACCCCACCAGCGGCGACAGCUCCGGAGCCCCCCGGCCUUUUGUCUGCCAGCCGAGCCAGAUGUGCGGGCAGCUGUGGCGGGGGGUGGCAGGCGGUGACAGCGGCGCCGGGGGACGGGGACAGACUCGGAGGGAAUGACCUCGAGGAGAAGCCCAGAAGAUGCAGCCGAGCACGGGAACGACUCCUUUGGGGAGGAAGAAGAGACCCAGCUCUGACUGAGGUGCCCCCAGCACUUUGAGCUCCCAUUUUGGGGGCGCCAGGCAGGGCCCGACCCUUCCAGGGGCUCGCAUGGAGCAUCUCCCCCCACGGGCACCAUCCCCACCUCGCCGUCACCGCCGUCACCCCGUGGCCAGCUCUGGAUGCUCCCUGUGACCUUCUCCAGCCCAAAAUGAGAGGCCUCCAGCCCAGCUGCCUCCUGCUGUGCGUGGUGGCCGCCAGCGCCAUGCCCACGGUGCCCUGGCGGGUGGCGUGUCCCCCGCGCUGCGUGUGCCAGAUCCGGCCCUGGUACACGCCCCGCUCCGCCUACCGCGAGGCGGCCACGGUGGACUGCAACGACCUCUUCAUCACCUCGGUGCCCCCGGAGCUGCCCGAGGGCACCCAGACCCUGCUGCUGCAGAGCAACAACAUCGCCAGGCUGGAGCAGGGCGAGCUGGGCUACCUGCGGAACCUGUCGGAGCUGGAUCUGUCGCAGAACAGCUUCUCCGACGUCUGGGAUUUCGGGCUCAGGAACAUGCCCCAGCUGCUCAGCCUGCACCUGGAGGAGAACCAGCUCUCUGAGCUGCCCGACAGCAGCUUCCCGGGCUUGGGGAACCUUCAGGAGCUCUACCUGAACCACAACCGGCUCCGCAGCAUCGCCCCCCGCGCCUUCGCCGGCCUGGGCAGCCUCCUGCGGCUCCACCUCAACUCCAACCUGCUGAGGACGCUGGACAGCCGCUGGUUCCAGAUGCUGCCCAGCCUGGAGAUCCUCAUGGUCGGGGGGAACAAGGUGGACGCCAUCCUGGACAUGAAUUUCCGGCCUCUGGGCAACCUGAGGAGUUUGGUGCUGGCCGGGAUGCAGCUGCGGGAGAUCUCGGAUUAUGCCCUGGAAGGGCUGAGGAGUCUGGAGAGCCUGUCCUUCUAUGACAACAAGCUGGCAGACGUCCCCAAGAGGGCUCUGCAGCAGGUGCCCGGCCUGAAAUUCCUGGAUCUGAACAAGAACCCGCUGCAGAGGGUCAAGCAGAGCGACUUCACCAACAUGCUGCACCUCAAGGAGCUGGGCCUCAACAACAUGGACGAGCUGGUGUCCAUCGACCAGUUCGCCCUCAUCAACCUCCCCGAGCUGACCAAGCUGGACGUCACCAACAACCCCAAGCUGUCCUUCAUCCACCCCAAGGCCUUCCAGCACCUUCCGCAGCUGGAGACGCUGAUGCUCAACAACAACGCCCUAAGUGCCUUGCACCGGCAGACGGUGGAGUCGCUGCCCAACCUGCAGGAGAUCAGCAUCCACGGCAACCCGCUGCGCUGCGACUGCGUCAUCCGCUGGGUCAACAGCACCCGGCCCCGCGUGCGCUUCAUCGAGCCCCAGUCCACGCUCUGCGCCGAGCCCCCCGACCUCCAGCGCCGCCACAUCCGCGACGUCCCUUUCCGGGAGAUGACGGAGCAGUGCCUGCCGCUCAUCUCCGCCCGCAGCAUCCCGGCGCGCCUGGAGGCCGAGGUCGGUGACAACGUGGCCCUGCACUGCCGGGCGCUGGCAGAGCCGGAGCCGGAGAUUUACUGGGUGACGCCGGCCGGGGCGAAGCUGCUGCCGUUCGGGGAUGAUGGGAAGUUCAAGGUGCACUCGGAGGGGACGCUGGAGAUCCGCGGGAUCGCGGCGCACGAGGCCGGGCUCUACACGUGCGUGGCUCACAACCUGCUGGGCGCCGACACCCGCGGCGUCCGCGUGCUGGUCAACCGCUCCUUCCCGCUGGGCCAGGCCGAGCUGGAGCUGCUGGUGGUGGAUGUCCAGCCCCACCACGUCCUGCUGGCCUGGCAGCCGUGCCUCAACGCCGUCUCCUCCAACCUCACCUGGGCCAGCUCGGCGCUGGGGUCACGGCUGGGCUCGGCGCGGAUCCCGGCGGGCACCCACAGCUUCAACAUCACCCGGCUGCGCCCCGACACCGAGUACCGGGCGUGUCUGCACGUCACCUUGGUGGCAUCGCCGGUCAGGCUGGCCUGUGUGACCACCAGGACUAAAGAGGCCACCCAGGGGAUGCCGUGGGGACAGGGGACGCUGGUGACGGCGCUGCUGCUGUGCCUGCUGCUCCUGGGGGUGGCGGCGCGGGUCGGAUCCCGGCAGGAAUCGCUCCACGGGGCCAGGGCUGUGCGUGUGGUUUAUCCCGUGCAGCCCCGGGGACACCUGCUGGCCGUGGAGGUGCAGGCGGCACCCCUGGAGUGCUGAGGGAGGAUGGAUUUUGGGGGGUUCA